AUGGCGCUAUCAUCGAGUGAUGCAGACGAGUUGGAAUUGGAAAUCGAAUCACUGAUUCCACCGCCUUUGGAAAACUUUAACGAGAGUGAUGGGACUGGGUCCAGGCUCAUGAUCAUCAAGAUCGUCAAUGAAAACUUCAAGAGCUACGCUGGUGUGCAUGUGAUCGGUCCCUUUCAAAAGAGCUUUUCGGCGAUAGUGGGUCCUAAUGGCAGUGGCAAGAGCAAUGUGAUAGACUCUAUGUUGUUUGUGUUUGGUUAUCGUGCUAGCAAAAUUAGAUCAAAGAAGAUUUCUGUCUUGAUACACAAUUCCAAUCAGCAUCCAAACGUGAACAGCUGCACCGUUUCUGUACAUUUCCAAAGAAUUAUUGAUAAGCCUGGUGAAGAUUAUGAUGUUGUUCCGGAUAGUGAAUUUGUUAUAUCUAGAACAGCGUUCAAGGAUAAUUCAUCACAUUAUGAGCUUAAUAAGAAGAAAGUACAAUUUAAAGAGAUUGCUAAGCUCUUGAGGUAUCAUGGAGUUGAUUUGGAUCACAAUCGUUUUUUGAUAUUACAGGGUGAAGUAGAACAAAUUGCACUAAUGAAACCAAAAGCUCAAAAUGAAAACGAUACGGGAAUGUUAGAAUUUCUUGAAGAUAUUAUUGGCACAUCUCGUUACAAAGAACCUUUGGAGAAAUUAUUGAAUAAGAUUGAAGAGCUAACAGAACGUAAAUUAGAGAAGCUACAUCGUCUCAGAGUCGUGCAAAAGGAGAAAGAGGCCUUGGAAGAACCUAUGCAAGAGGCGGUAAAAUACUUAAAGAUGGAAAAUUCAAUAAUCAGUUUGCAGCAUCAAAUUUAUCAUUGCAAAAGAUCCGAGGCAAUGAAGAAGAUUGUUGAGUGCGAAGCGACGUACGAUAGUAUUACUAAGGAAUAUACUACAUUAACAGACGAGAUGAUCAGCGUUGACAAACAGAAGGAAGAAAAGAUCAAGAUUAUCAAGGGAAAGAGUAAGAAGUGGGACGCUUUGCAACGGCAUAAGGACGAAGCCACGGCGAAGUUUGACGAAAUACGUAAGCAGGAUGAAUCGCUGCAUGCCGAACUGGUAGAGGCAAAUAAGCGGCGGAAAGCUAAUAUAGCAUCCACUAAAACGGAGAAAAGUAAGCUGGAGGAACUUCUGAAGGUACCAGAGAAAAACACUAAGGAUAUAAAGGAAUGCGAGUAUUUGAUCGAGACACAGAUGGCCAACAAAGAAAAGGAUGAAACUGCGUUGGCAACUUUGAUGUCGAAUCUACGGGAAAAGACAGAACCGUUACUAAAUGAGAGAUCCAAGUUAGAGAAACAGCUGAUAUCUCUUAGGAAAGACGUGGAUCAAGCAAAAGCCGCAUACGAUAUCGCGCAAUCUGAAUUGGAACUUUAUAUAUCGGUGGAGAAAGUCGAGAAAGAAAAAUUAGAAAAUCUUCGAGAGUCUUUGGAAAGAACUGCGAGUACUCUUAAAGAGCGACAAAAGCAGUUGGCAUUAUUUGAGACGAAAAUCCCAGCAACCGAGCGCAGUUUGAAACAGGCUCAGAGCGAACUAAAUGAAGCAAAGGCACUCGAAAUCGAAAAAACCACUCAGCUGCAAAAAAUGCGAAUUACUCUUGAGGAGCAGCGUUCUGCCAUGCACGCCAGCAGGUCACGAAAUCAUGUCUUAGACUCAUUGAUGAAAGAAAAACGUGAGGGACGAAUACCUGGAAUAUUUGGGAGACUGGGCGAUUUGGGUGCUAUUGACGUCAAAUAUGAUGUCGCUGUGUCGACGGCAUGCGGUCCACUGGACGAUAUUAUUGUGGAUACAGUAACCACUGCACAGGCAUGUGUCACCUUUCUGCGACAACAUAAUAUAGGACGCGCUACAUUUAUAGCUUUGGAAAAACAGCAACGAUUCCAGACCAAGAUAAAUCAGAGAAUUCAAACACCAGAGAACGUACCUCGACUGUUUGAUCUGAUUAAAGUGGAAGAUGAGCGAGUGCUGCCAGCGUUCUAUUAUGGUCUACAAGACACUUUGGUAACGCAGGAUUUGGAUCAGGCAACACGCAUCGCUUAUGGUAGGAUGCGGUUUCGCGUGGUAACAUUAAAAGGCGAACUGAUCGAGCUAUCGGGUACGAUGAGUGGUGGUGGUCGUACUGUAUUCCGAGGUCGGAUGGGUCAGAAGGUGGUGAGAAAUGAGCCGUCGAACGCAGAUAUUGAAAAAUUACAAUCACAGCUAGAUAUCGUGUUUGAAGAGUGCAAUAAGUUGAGAGCGAAGCAAAAACCUUUGGAAGAACAAAUUCACGUGUUGACAUCUGGUUUAAGGGAUAUGAAAGUUGAUAGGCAAAAAUUUAAUAUUGAAGUACAGGCGCUGAGUGAGCAGGAGCCAUCAUUACGAGUGCAACUGAAUGCGCAGGAAAAAACUGCCGCCAACGCUGUAGCAGAUCCAAAGAAAGUUAUGCAACUGCAGAAAGCUGUGGAAGCAACGAAAUUGCAUUUAGACAAAGUCGAAAAGAAUUCCGCUUCGAUAGAAAAAGAGGUGGGAUGUAUUAACAAGAAAAUAGAUGAUAUCUCUGGUAGUCGGGUGCGGGAUCAGCAGGCGAAAAUUGCGCAGCUGACCAAAUCGAUUGAUAAAACCAAGGCAGAGAUAUAUCGUUUGCAGGUGGCUAUUAAGACUGCUGAGAGAAACGUCAAAAAAACUGAAAAACAUAUAGAAACGCUGGAAAGCGAUGUACAUACCUGCGAACAGAGGCUAAGGGACAUUCAGAAAGAAAAAUCCGAACUCGAGGAACAUGCUAAAGUAAUUCUGGAUGAAUUGAAGGAACUCAAUGAGGCGCUGGUAGAGCGGGACGACGCUACAUCAUCUUUGAAAGAUGAGCUGAAUGAAUUACAGGCGCGCGAGGACAAAAUGAAGGCGACGAAGAUUGAUGUGGAACAGAAAUUAUAUGAAAACAAAAAAUCGUUAAAAGAGUUACAACAAAUGAUCCCCGUGUAUAACCGAGACAUAAAGAAUUUGAAACUACGUCAGAUUCCCCAUGAAGCUUUAGAACCGUUUAAGGAUUUAACUGAGGAGGAUAUCAAUCAAUUGGACAUGAAGAUGUUGCUGCAGAAUUUGCAGAGGAUGAAGAAAAAACUACCCGAGCAGAUACCUAACAUGCAAAUCAUCGCGGACUAUGAAGAGAAAGAUGCGCUGUACAUGAGUCGUGCCGCUGAUCUGGAAGAGACGACAUCGGCACGUAACAAGAUGCGUGACAUCUACGAAACUGCUCGGCGACGCAGGAUUCAGGAAUUUCUGCACGGUUUUAGCUUGAUCACUACAAAAUUGAAGGAGAUGUACCAAAUGAUUACGCUUGGUGGCGAUGCGGAACUGGAACUGGUGGAUUCGUUAGAUCCGUUGAGCGAGGGUAUUGUAUUCAGUGUGCGUCCGCCCAAGAAGUCAUGGAAGAGCAUCGAUAAACUCAGUGGCGGUGAGAAGACUCUAAGUUCGUUAGCGCUGGUUUUCGCUCUCCAUCAUUACAAACCCACACCUGUAUACUUCAUGGACGAGAUCGAUGCGGCGCUUGACUUCAAGAACGUCUCCAUUGUUGGUAACUACAUCAAAGAACGCACGAAGAAUGCACAGUUUAUCGUCAUUUCAUUACGUUCAAAUAUGUUCGAAUUGGCCGACUCUUUGGUGGGCAUCUACAAGACAUUUAAUUGCUCUAAAACUGUGACUCUUCAACUGUCCCGUUACUACGAAAAUAAUGGUAUCAUGCCGCCUACACAGCUUACCUCUAAGACUUACUCGUCCCAGGCUUCGCAGAAAUCACGAUUGCCUUUGUCGCAACACACUCAGUCGAAUUCGCGCAAGGAAAACACCACGCCCGCGAAGGAUAAUAAUGCGAAAGAAACAUUAUCGAACGGAAAAGAGAUGUCGCCUGCGAAGAACAGUAAUGUGAAAAAGACGUCAUUGAACGGGAAAGAAACAUCGCUCGCGAAGAACAAUAAUACGAAAAAAGCGUUAUUAACUAAGAAAAAAACAUCCUCCGCGAAAAACAAUAACGCGAAUGAAAUACCAUCAGAUGUGGAAGUAAACACAACAAAAAAUAAUGCAAAUGAAACACCGAAUGGAAAGCGGAAGAAAGUUGAUCCAUUAGGUCUUCCGAAAUUGACGAUAUGCCUAACACCAGUGUCAACGCCAACCCGGCAGUCUCCCAGGCUCGCGAAGAAAAACAUGGAAAGGACAGAGAACGACAACAAGGAACCGGCUAGAAAAAAGCAAAAGUCGAAGUAACGUGGCACUUCCAGAAUCAGUAUGAAAUGAUACGA